UGUCACCCACGUGGUCGCGACGUCCGCUUCAUCUCCAACCAGUCUUGAAAUGUUUUAAUGUUUGCUGUAUAAGUUAUCACUUGACCUCGGCGGGCCGAUGGUGUAAAUGUUAAUGGCAUUGCAGUGUAUAUUUUACGGUUUGCGUACUUAUAUAUUUAUAUAUAUAUGCUGAGGUUAUCGUCUCUAGCAGUCCGUCGAUAAAGUCGCAUACGUAAUUCACCAACGCUGCCGCGUAUUUAUGUGUAUAUAGUUCGAAAUUGUCCUAUUUUGAUGAAAAUAUCAGGGAGACCUAUGCAGUAUUAAUAGCUAUAGUAAAUACGAUAUUUUAAAUAGUAGUGGAGUCAUCUGUGUGUGCGGGCAAAAGUAAUAUAGCCGCAGACGAUGCCUUGUCAUGGGUUUGAGGUGUGUGUGAUCCCGCCCGCCGAGGCGGAGGAAGACCCAGCACAGGCCUAUAUUAAUCACGCCUGCAGGGCCUGCACCAGAUUCCCAGAUGGCUCAGUGCGGCUGCGUAACCCACACAUCGCAGAGAUGGAACAAGACAUCCUGUACCACCUGGCGCUGGGGUCUGGCUCCCACGACCUGGUGGAGAUGUUCAGCGAUGUACGGUUCGUGUGCAUGGGAGGAACACCCAAGCGCAUGGAGCACUUCGCUAACUUCCUCAUGGAUGAGAUAGGCUACAAGCUACCUGCAGGAACCACACUCUUGGAUAUUUCCUACCGGUCCUACCGUUACUCUAUGUAUAAGGUUGGGCCAGUGCUGUGCUUCUCUCAUGGAAUGGGGAUUCCCUCGGUGGGAAUUCUCCUUCAUGAAGUGAUCAAAUUAAUGUACCAUGCUAAGUGUAAGGACCCCAUUUUCUUCCGUCUGGGCACGUGCGGUGGCAUUGGCAUUGAAGGAGGAAACUUGGUGAUUACCGAGAGUGCCGUGGAUGGCUUAUUACAACCCUACCUCGAAUUGCCUGUGCUUGGUAAGCUGAAGCGGCGGCCAGCCAUCCUGGAUAGGCAGUUGGCCAAUGACCUUAAAAACCUGCAUAAUGAUGAUGAUCCUUUCACAGUGACUGUUGGAAAGACGAUGUGCACUUAUGACUUCUAUGAAGGUCAGGGAAGAUUAGAUGGAGCUUUCUGUGACUACACCGAAUCUGACAAGUUAUCAUUUCUCAAUAAAAUUCAUGAGGCUAAUGUUGUUAACAUGGAAAUGGAAUCUCUCUGCUUUGCUGCACUUUGCCACCAUGCAGGCAUCAAAGCUGCCGUCGUCUGUGUUACGCUACUCAAUCGUCUGCAUGGAGAUCAGGUUUCCACACCAAAGGAGACACUAAACAAGUGGCAGGAAUAUCCUCAAGCAUUAGUAGCUCGCUACAUCAAGAAACAGCUUGGAUUGCCCGUCAACAUUCCUCAGCGAGAACAUCCACAGGUAGUAAAAAAUCCUAAACACGCCCUAAUGGUUAGGCAGGAGUCGGCUAGCUUUGAGUGAGAAACUUUUAAGGGACUGUAAAUCAAAACAACCAUAGGUGUUUUAAGUCUAGGUAAUUGGACUCUGCAUAUAUGUAUGACUAGCAGCUUGCAUAUUCAGACGAUAAGUCAUAAUAACAUGCGUGAAGAUAGGAAAACCAAACCGUACACCAGGAGAUGAGGAGACGACGACAUUUCAGUCCAUCCUGGACCAUUAUCAAAUCGACUGUGAUUAAGUUGAUCGAUUCUGAUUCAAGUCGAAACGUCGUCGUUGUCUCAUCUUCUGGUGUGUGGUUUAGUCUUCACAGCUUGCACAUUCUACAAUAGUGUACAAUGCAUUGAUAUGUAAUUGAAAUCAUUUAGACAUAUAAUUGGUCAUUAAUGCAUUGCUUAAACUGCAGUUUGUCCCAGCCUGUAGUGUUGUAGCAGUAAAGGUUUACCAAAGAAAUGCAGUAUGGAACAUUGUGUACAGUCAAAUGCAUCGAUUUUUUGUCUGUCAGUGUUAGACCAAAAACAGUAAAUUGAAUAUAGUUAAAUAUAAAAAAACUUAUCCAAUUCUGUACAUUAAUAAUUUAAAUAUAUUUUAAGAAUCAAAAGUCCUUGGUAGUCCAAUGCCAGCCAGUGUACAGUAUUCCACUCAGCUGGUACACAAUACAGUCUCAGACCAGUAAUGAGGAUAACCACUGGGAACAAUUUGCAAAAUGAACAUCGUGGUUCUACUAGGGUCACUCGUGUUCUUUACAGUACUUAUUAUAUAUAAUGCUUACAUUAUUAGAGUCAUCCUUAUUCUCUCAAAACUUGUUCAUGAUUUUUACCAGUAUGUUAAAUUUCCACAUUCUUUUUUCUUUUAUCUAAAAAUUCUUCAUAUAUUACCUCUGUUGCUAGCUUUCAUAUAUUUCACUGGCUGCACACCUUUGAAGGCUUUGAAGAUAUUGUACACCACUGCUGAAUUAUUCACAACUUGAGAAAUAGGUUGAUAAACAUGAAGUUAAUAUUAAACUUGAUUUCAAUAUUUAUAAUUUUAUUACAAAAUUAUUACAGUAUUAAAAAAUUUGGGGUCGAUUUGUAUUAGAUGUCCUGUUUCCAAUAUAACCUGUUGGUUAUCAGUACGUAUGACAUGGAAUAAACUGUUUUAACACUUUAGUGGUGCCGCCUCUCUGCGUGUUCUUGACUGUAGACGUUCCAGACUCCCUCUCACAGGACGCUCACCAAUACAAAAGUUUUUUACAAUCAUUUUUAAAUUUUCAAAGUUAUUUGGUGGGUUAUAGCUAUAAAUUUGGUGUCAAAAUGUUCAGACAUAAGUUGUCUAGAGAAUACAUGCAAAAACAAAAAGUGUACAGUAUUUUAUAAUAGAUUUUGCUCCUCUCUGCACAUUCCCAAAUGUAAACUUAGCAGGCUUGGCAAGGUCCCUCUCAGCAAUCCUUAAAAUGUUUAUGAAUAGCAAUCGGAUGAAACGUUUUAGUGUCAUCAGAACCCGAAAGUGUUUUAAGAGAUUAUUCAAAACAUUAACCAUAAAGAACACCAUUCGAUAACUUGAGUCAUCUAUCCAUUAUUUUAGUAACAUAACCAUGCUCUGUUGUUCAAAAUGCUUUUUAAUGUAUCAUUCACAGUAGAUUGACAAACUAUUGUAACGAAAGAAGUGAGGAAUAAAGGCCGCAUAUCAUUAGAUUACUUUAAAAGUAAAGAAUACGUUCUAGUAGUAAAUGUCUAAAGUCAAUUACAGUACUGUAUAUGAGUAGAGCCUUCUUGUGUUCUAAAUGACACCAAAGCUAUGGAAAUGUUAUUAAAUAAAGAACACUUCUGGAUAACUAUAAAAUCUUCCAAGACUGUGGACAUAGGCAAAUACUGAACAGAAAGAUGUGAGGAUAAAGGCUACACAAGGUUCAGUUACUGCUGUGAACAAUGUUCGUCAUGUGCCGAGCAAACAUGGUCCACAGUACAGACUAGUCCUUGUGUAAUGUAUAACUUCGUAUCUAAUAUACAUUGUAAGGUAUGUCAAACUUUUGUGUUCCUAGUCUUUACUUCCAAUUUAACCAACUUGGUUUUACUUGAGAAUUGAUACAUUAUAUACCGUAUAUGCAGCAAGCCUGCAAGCCUAUAUCAUAUGCAAUAAGAUAUGGUGAAUAGGAGGUUACACUGGGACAAGGUUUUGGCCUACCCAACAUAGUACAUAUGGGCCAAUUAAAUUUUAAGUAUCAUUGUGGUAUUAUUAUAUAAAACUACUUGUUAAGGAGGGAGUGAGAUACGUAAUAACUUGUCAUUAGUCUGAUUAUUGUCUGCAAUGUGAUCUUGUUUAACAUCUAUUCAGUGAAUAGAGAGCAUAUAUUAAUAUGUGGAACUUAGAAGAGUGGAUGGAUGUAAAAAUGUUAAUAAUAUUGGAGAAAUAGUAGUGAAAUAAUAUUCACCAAUACCAUCAGUUAUUUUAUUAGUACAAACACUAAUACAAAUCUUGCCUAGAAUAUAAUAUGUACAGUAAUUGUAGUCAUCUAAAUAGGAGAUAUAUACAUCCAUUGGAAAGCAUUCACAUUAUUCUUAUUGCUCUUUAUAAUAUAAAGCUAUUUCUCAGUGUACAACUAAGCACAUAUAUAGCAAGUUCAGUGUUCAAUCAGCAGCAUACACUACUUGCAGGUGCAGCAAUGUUUCCAAAGGUGUAAAUAAGCACCCCCCACCCUGUGUGCCCAUGUGUUGUAAACCAAAUAAUCUUGCAUGCAUUGCAUGACAAUCAUCUCACCUUUGCCAUAUACUGUAGUAUAUUCAUGUACAAUGAAGCCUCUAUAUUCGUCAGUCCCUAUAUGCAUCAUGUUUUGAUGACAGAUAAUGCUCCCAUAUUCAUCAGCAUUUUCCAUAUUUGCCACCAUUUCUACCACUGACAAAGGAAAUCCUCUCCAAUUAGGCCAAAAUGCAGAAUAUGGUCAAAAAGUGGCACCUAAACAUUACCAUAGUUUAUCAAAACAUAAAUGCAUUCAAUGAUAAUGUAAUUGGCUACUUCAGGAAAGUUUUUAUAAAAGCAGACAGAAACAGAACAUUGGACAAGUUCUUACCCAUACAGAGUCCUAGUGGAUUGUCGCCAUAGGGAAUAAAAUGACAACAAUCGUUAGGAUUAAUACAGUCCCCAUGGCGCAGUGGUAAAGCAUUCGCCUGGUGUUUUGUGAGCUCUUUGACCUGGGUUCGUAUCCUGGCUGGGAAGGAUUUACUGGGUGCCAAUCCUCAAUUGUAGCCUCAGUUCACCCAGCAGUGAAUGGGUACUUGGUUGUUAAACGAUUUGCCAGGUCAUAUUCCUGGGAAAAUUAGGACUAAGGACUUGCCCGAAACACUAUGCACGCUAGUGGUUGUAUAAGAAUAUAAGAACUCUCUCUAUAUAUAUAAAAUACAAAAUUAAAGUUACCUGAUAUUGUAAUGGAAGGCAUCUCCCCUUCUAAACAAUACAAUUCCUUUCCUCUUCAGCUUCUAUCAUUAUUUCCACCUUUACUGUAUUGAGGAAUGUUCUGACUAAAUUUUUAUUUAUGUAUUUUUUGGAGGUUGAAAACUCAUAAAUUGAAUUUCAGUUAUUUCUUAUGGGAACAAUUGUUUCCAUAUUUGUCAGGCACAUAGGAACAGAAUAAUGAUGAAUAUAGAGGUUCCACUGUAUUAACAGUAUAUUUCCAUGCAAUGCAUUUUCUCCCACAGCUUAAUUCUACCCUCCCUCCAACAUGAAAUUCAGUUAAAAGUAUCAACCAAUCUAAAUUUUAUCACAAAAUUUUAUUAGACAUUACUGUAGUAGAAUAUUCAGAUGCAGUCUUUUAUAAGUACAGUACCACGUACUUACUACGAAUUUUAGGCCAUCAACACUUUCGUACAUUUUCUUUAAUAUUUAAAAAUCAUUCAAAGUGAAAAGGAUAUAUAACUGGACCCAAUGAAUCUAGGUAAAACGUUUGGCAUAUCUUGAAGGUCAAAACCAAUUAAUAAUGUACUGCACAUAAUUAAUACAUGAAGUGUCUUUUAUUUUCUCAUGUUCAGGAUAUCAUAUGGGAUUUUAAUAGCAUGACAAAAUUCUGUAAUAAUAAUUAAAAUAAAUACUGUAGUGAUAUCUCGGUUCCUGGAACAAUUGAGUUGGACCCCUCUCAGUGCAUCCAACUUAAUAUUGCAGCAAUUUGUUUUCUUCGUGUAUGCUACACCUAGUGUUGUUUUAUUAGAGCACAUGAUAGGACAUAUAAUUCCACAUAUUUUAAUAGUAAAAUCACAUGGAAAAAGUAAUCAAUUUUUUAUAUAACCAACAAAACUUUAAAGAAAAUGCUGUUAUACAUCUUGGGGGAGGAAAUGGAAAGAAUGGUUUGAAUUGUGUAUGCAGGUAAGUAGCUUUGGGAGGAUGGAGGAAGAUUUGAGGGCUGCAGUGGUUAAUUUAUUGUUCACCCCAUAUUCGAGUGAGGGAAUGAGUGAGUUAGAGAUAGACAAUGGAAGUGAGUGUGUCAGGGAGACAGUCUGUCUAGGCCCCAAACAAACAAGUGGAGCUUAUGUUUGGUUAGGUAUAGUCUAAUUAGGUUCAGUUAGCUCAGGUAAUGUUUAAGCUAGAAGAAGCAUGUUGUAAGAUUAGCAGUAAAGUGUUAUUAACCACCUUUACAUAUAGUAUUCAUUUACUUGUUAAAUUUUAGAUGGGUUAUUUGCUUUUCACAUUUUUUCAGUGCACUCAAAUGCAUAACAUAACGCUUGUGUAUAAGCAGUAAUGUUUUCCCUAUUCACAAUUGAAUGUUGUACUGUAUCACACUUUAGGAUGUUGGGCCGAUGUUUGUUUAUGCUCAAGGAAUGUCUUCAGGUUCAAUCGUAUUGUUUCUCUGUUGAACUGGGUUCCGCAAAUGCGAGAUAUUACUAUACGUACAGUAUAGUGAUUUGUAAGAGCUGUAUCUAACAUAGUAAUUGGCAAUAUAAACAUGGUGUUGAUACAUUUACAUACUCCAAUAUACAAAUGGAUUUAUUCUUAUUAGAAACUAUAAUGUUUAUGAAGCUGUACAAAUGAGACACGAUACAAUCCUACACACUUAUGUAUAAAAUAUGAUAUAUUGCAGACAAUACAAAACAUUACAAUUCUGUAAAACUGCUAUAUACAGUACCUAUAAAUAAUUUUUGUUUGCCAAUAUAAAGUUUUACAGUACAGUAUUCUCAUUAUGUACAGUUUAAAUAUUAUGCAUGGAUGCUAUUGAUUGUAACUGUUAUUCAUAUUCUUUAAAGUGACUGGUUGCAUUGUAUAUGCACACAUCCAGAUUACUGUAUGAUAUACCAAAGCUUCAAUAUAUGUUGUUGUUUAUGUGGUAUAAAAUUCCUGUUACAUGUGCUUCUUAUAAAGGUAUGCAGUUUAGGUUUAGCACAAUUUCAUGAAUUCUAUGAACUAUUUUACAGAAACAAUCUUUAGACUGCAUAAUUAUUUAUCUGUACAAUGGACAGUCUUGUGAAGCCAUUAUCAUCUUAGUGAAACUGAAGAGUAUUGUGGGAAUUGACUUGCUCAUUAACUCAGUGCAACACACUACUGAUCCCUGUAAUAUAGUCCUGUACAGAACUAAAAAAAAAAAUUAUCGAUAUUAUAAAUUUCAGUUCAUUGCCUUAUGAAUAUUUACUUAAUAAGCAGCAGCAGCAGCAGCAACAUAUGGGUUGUAAAGCUGGAUGUCAACCAAGUUCUAAAUACAGUACAACAAUGUGGAAAACCUGUAGCUUGGUAUAUAGAGGUGAUGAAUGUCCUAACCAUUUCCAGUGCCUGGCCCAAGACUUAAAUGCCAGUAUAAUAUAAUUUAGAAUAUUAUAGAAUUUCAUUGGCAUGCACAAUAUUAAAUUAACUACAGUAAUACUAGUUUCACGACUUAAGGAAGCUGUAGUGUGGAAAGCUUGAGAUAUUAAGCGGCCACUAUUUCCUCAUCAUUGUCUUUAAGACACUUUGAAAUUUUUGGUUUCACAAAAUUUCAUUCUAAUUUAGUUUAUUUUAUCUUACAUUUUUAUUUCAGUAUUAUUAGCGCAUGGCCAUACUGUGAAAAUAAAUUUAACUGAUCGUUAUGUAAAAACUAAGACUUGAUCAGUCUUCAGAUAUCCUCCUAGUUAUUUAUAUUAAAUGAGCUCUAAAGUUCUCAUUCUUCAACACUUGCAACAGAAAAGUUCUCACUGCGAGCCCUGUUGCACUGUUGACAUAUUCAGUAUAAGGUUACAAAUACUGUAUUGCAAAACCAAUUACAAAACACAAGCUGCAGUUAACCAAUUUUAUUUUUCAGACAUGAUAAUUUAUUUAAUAGUAAAGGAGUUCAACUUAUGUUAUUACAAUACUCAUCAAAAUACAGUUCUGUACUGUAAACUGGUAACUUAGUUAGAACCAUGAAUAAUGUUCAUUUCUUACACGUCAAUGUCCAUGUGCCAUAGGAUAAUAAAUGUAUUACUGUCA